CCAGACAAACAGAUGUGUACCAGGAACUAACAUCAUCACUCUGUUCUUCUGGGGAGAGGAAAGUAGACAGGAGGAUAGUCAGGAGACGCUGUAGAAACUCUGAUACUGAUAGGUGAUAAUAAGGUGAAACAUGGAGCACUUCAAGCCAGCAUUUAACAGUCUGAUCGACCAACUGAGAAAAACAGCCAGUUUUACAGUGACCUUCUUCGUUCUUUUUCUUUACCAAGUUGUGUUGGAUGAGCACCUAAAAUGCUCAUGUAAAGACGGUGUUAAACCAGAGGUUACCUGUAACCAGUGUAUCAUCUACAUGUUGUUUCCAGCUCUGAUCUUGUUUCUCUUGACUCUCUGGAUGGACGGAGAGUUUCAACGAGUCUUGAGAAUUAUACGCAUAUGCAGAUGUAAUUUGUGGAGAAGAUUUUUCGCAAUGCUCUUUAAGGCGUUCGCUAUAGGGUCGCUGUGGGUUGUGUCUGUGCUUUUUGAUGGGGACUGGUACGUGUGCUAUAAAAGAGUGAAGCUUCCCUGCAGGAACAACACCACACCCUUCCAAGAGGAACUAGAAAAGCAACUCGAAGCUCGUUUCAAAACGGAGUCCAUGGUUAUUGGAUUGGUUCUGGUUCUGGUUCUGCUUGUUGUGACUUCUAUUCUGACUGCAGUACCUUGGAGGGAUGUGUGUUCUGUUAUACGCAGAAAAUGUACAAGGUACCAGAACAUUAACGAUUGCAGUACAAUCAAAAUGUAUCACAAGAUGCUUUAUGAGGAGAGUAUUUUGGAAGAGAUAGACAUUGUUAUUGAAAAAGACUUAAAGAAAACAGCUAAAGAGCGUGUAGUUCUUAAAAUCAGAGAACUACUACCGCCCUCUUCGACUGCAGCCCCCCCAACCCCCGCCACACAGAGAGGAGAUGGGGCAAGCAGCAGCACCACCCAUCCUGAGGUGGAAGAUAGAGUGAUCACCCUUGACAACCUUGAUUUUGACAAGAUAUCUACGCUACAUUCUCAAAUAAUCUGCUCGAUGUUCCCAGAACAAACACAUUCAAGAAACGAUAACUGAAGAAGUGGCCAGAUGCCUGUACUUGAUGAAGGCUCUCAACCCUAACUGUGGUGUAAUAUAUUUAGCAUCAAAUAUGUAAUGUUAUAUUGACAUUAAUAGUAUGAUACACUGUAUGUGAACCGUUUGUGAAAACUGUGGCUUUCAAGUGAAAUACUCAAAUCAGUCACACAAAAAUUAACUGUAGUGCGUAGCGACCCUGUGUUUAUAAGGAAACAUCUGUCUGUGUUUCUGGUUAAGGUGGCAGCAGUAGUUUGGUACAAUACAACUAGAAUGGGUUAUAUGAGGGGGAGUGAACAACUGUGGGUGAUAAACCUCAACAACUACCCUGUAUAAGCUUUCAUAAUGUCACAGGGUGGAAAUGUGAGCCGGGUGGCAAAAAUGAGCCUGUUAGACCACAGUGAUGAUUGACAGGCUGUUCAAAGUCAUCUUUAUUUCUAGACUAUAAACAAUGUAACCUUCAUUAAUGAAUAUGUGUUAAUAUAACCAAUGAAAUAUUGUUUUUGUCUUUUUGUUCAUAUGUUGUUACUGUUGAUUAUAUUCUGUCUUUAUGUCUACCUUUAACAAAACAUAUAUUUAUAUAUAAUAUUACUAACAAUCUGUAUCUCCUGUCUUCAAUGUACCACAGUUGUGGUGUUCACUUUGCAUUUCUAUACAUGUUUAUGCUGUUCAUUUUGAAGUCUCUAAAAAUAAAAAUAAUA